AUGGAAUAUAUAGAGUGGAGAAAUCAAACAACCAUCACAGAAUUCAUCCUACUGGGAUUCGGGGAUCCCCAGGAACUGCAGACCCCUCUCUUCCUGCUGUUCGUAGUGAUCUACAUUGUGACCAUAGCUGGGAAUAUCCUCAUUGUGGCCCUAGUUGUGACUGAUUGGCACCUUCACACACCCAUGUGCUUCUUCCUGGGGAACUUGUCCUGCUUGGAGACCUGCUACACUUCCAUCAUCCUGCCCAGGCUGCUGGCCAGUUUCAUGACUAGGGACAGAAUCAUUUCUUUAGGCUGCAUCACACAACUAUCCUUCUUUGUAGUCAUGGUGACUGCUGAGUGUUUACUCUUAUUACUCAUGUCUUAUGACUGCUACUUAGCAAUAUGCAAUCCCUUGCAUUAUGCAACACUUAUGAGCAGCCGGGUUUGCAUCCCGAUAUUGCCUGGCUCUUGGAUAACUGCCUUCUUUUGCAGCACUGUGAUCACUUUUAUGAAGGCCGAGUUAACAUUUGUGGUCCCAACAAUCAUCAACCACUUUUUCUGUGACAUCUUGCCUCUGCUCAACCUGGCAUGCACCGACAUGUCACUGGCAGAGAUGGUGGACUUCAUCCUGGCUUUGAUCAUGAUCCUACUGCCACUUCUUGUGGUGCCAGCCUCUUAUGUUUGCAUAGUGGCCACCAUUGUGCGGAUCCCCACGGCUCAGGGGAGGUGGAAAGCCUUUUCCACCUGCACCUCCUAUCUGGUGGUGGUGAUCAUAUUCUACUCCACCACACUCUUCACCUACACCCGACCCAGGGCCAUGUACACCUUUGACUCCAACAAGUUGGUGUCCAUGCUCUACACGGUCAUAGUACCCUUUUUCAAUCCCAUCAUUUACUGCCUGAGGAACCAGGAUGUCAAAAAGACCCUGAGGAAAAUGAUAGGGGGAAGAAGCCUGACUGUCUGGGAAUCUGUUGCCCUUUGA